UUCACACAGAAAUAUGACGGGGACGGGAGGCCAUGGAUGGCGGUGCCAGAUUGAAGAGGGAAGACUGUAAGCGAACCAAACACGACUCCGGCUUCUUCAAAUGGCAGCUUCUCAUUGGCCCUUCUGACUGGGAAGACUAUUUCUCGGGGAAGGAAGGAGCUUCUCGAUAUAGGAUCCACAAUCUCCCAGCUACUUGUGGCCCGGGACUAUAUGAGCUUGGUAUUGCUGUUCCUCGCUCUGGGCUGUUGCGGCGUGAUGUUGGCAAGCUUUUCGGAGAUGACAUAGUGGUGGUUUACCUCGGACAAGCUGAUAAUGUUAGAACCCGACUCCAGCAAUACGGUCGUUCAGGUGCCCAUUUGGGUAACACUUACUCAACUGGCCAUGUGAAUGAUUCUAAAGAUGAUUCUCUUCAAAAAGGGCUAGGUUUAUUUGAAGAGAUAUUCUCAAGAGGCCAUUCCAUUGUGUAUAGAUGGGCUCCUAUGAAAGAUAAGAGGGAUGCUGAGGAAAUGGAAGGUAAGCUGCUUGCCACUUUUGAUUAUGCAUGGAAUAAAGGUAGUAAUGGUACACGCCGUCCCAGUGAUGUCCUUCAGAAACUCAAAUCAAGGACAACUAGACCUCCAGAUAUUUUUCAAUGGCUUCCAUUUUCCAGUCACAAACUAGGAGGUAUUAAAAUCAAAGCAAGCAAGCCUCUUUCACCAGAAAAGCAUGCUGGUGUUGGUGAUGAGUAUAGCAAAAAAUUAUUCUUUGGAAUUUUUAAGCUCAGCAGAUCACAGCCUAAGCUAGUUACAGAUAAAUAUGGCAUUAAUGAGGACAUCGAUUGUAUAUGUGGAUUCAUCAUGGUUGAUGGUAUACCAUGUAGAAGGCCACCAGUUCCAGGGGGAAAGAGAUGCGAGGAACACAAAGGGAGGAGAGUUUAUGGAUCCAGUUACAAAUCCAUCGCACAAGGAAAUUUACAUUAUCCACAUGGAGCAAAUCUAGAUUCCCCAUCUCACAAUGACCGAGAACAUGAAACCACAUGUGGGGUAAAUUUAGGUGAUGGGACUUUUUGUAGGAAGCAAGCUGUGGCAGGGAGGAAAAGAUGCGAAGACCACAAGGGGAUGCGGGUUAACACCUCCGUCUCAGAGCCAGCAGCAGAAGACAAAAUCCGAAUGUCUGCCCCCAGUUCAGUAUUCAAUUCUUUUGCUGACAGCGUAAACAACAAUGCCUCAUCUAAACAUAAUGCAUAUAGUACCUGGCAAUGUGGAUCUUCAAAUAAUCCUGUCAAGGAACAUUUUCCCAAUACUUGUGGAGUAAUGUUGGGAAAUGGUUCAUUCUGCAGAAGGCAACCCAUUCAGGGAAACAAAAGAUGCUGCCAGAGGGUUUAAUGUAACUUUUCUGGGGUAGACAGUUCCUCGCUGAAGUUCAAUGCACCAAUUUGUGAGGUUACAUUACGUGACGAUUCUGUCUGUUUGAGAGCCCCUGUUCAGGGGAGGAAGAGAUGUGACCAGCACAAGGGGAUGAGAGUCUACACAUCCUAUCACUGCUGAGAGGUAUGUGUCGAAAUUAGUAGAGCCCCCUGAAUAAUGUAAUUUGUAGCAUGUUUUCCUUGAUAUGGUUGUGCGCUAUGGCACAAAAGGAACCGUAAUAGCCAAUUUCAGCUAAUAUGAGUUUGGGGCGUAGUUGUUGUAGCAUGUUGUCCUUCAGAGAUUAGGACAAUGGUUGUAUAUUUUCUAUUGCUAGACACUGUGCCUUUGUACUGCUGUUGUAAAAUGUGAAGACUUUGCUGCACUGCCAUUACCACCACCGGUU